AUGCUACAAAUCGAGUUUAACAGAAAUUAUUUUUCGGUAAAACGAGUCUUGUCAGUAUUUCAAAGAAUAAAUCCGUUUAUCUUAUCAUCUGAAUUUCAUAUUGCCAUCAUCCAACCGUUUCGUCUACAACAGGCCUCCCAAAUAACAAAACAAGUACUAAUCAAGCAAAAUGUAUUAACGGAUUAUUUACAAAUUUAUCUUUUUAUACGGAAAAAACUUAAAUUAAAUCCUUUGCGUGUUUUAAGCAACGGAAAAAUUGAAAUUCUUCAACACUUAUGCACAAUACUUAAAAAUUAUUACACUCAUGUAUCCAAAACAAGGAUAUUCCUAAAUCAAAAGAGAACGCAAAUAAACUUAAGACCAGUGACCUAUUUGAAACUUAUGGUCGAAGGCAAAAUUAUAAUGAAGAAGUGGUUACAAAACUUAUUUUUAAAUAAAUUUUACGCUGUGUUUACAAAAGUGUGGUUGAUUAUAAAUGGACUGAACUUAAGGAAAGUAAGGGUAUUUAUUCGAUUUAGUGUAAAUUUCUGGACUGCAGUUGCAUUCUGUCAGCUAAUUUAUAUAAGCAAAUGCAAACAUUUAUCUAUCUUCCCUUUAUGGGAAGUAGUCGGUUUAGAAAUUAAAAUGAAACAGGCACUUAGUGAACCCCACAUCAAUAUAAAGUCGAGUCACUACUUGGCUUCAUGUGCAGAAACGAUGUGUGACGAGCAUACCAUGUUUCUGUCGCAAAAACAUGUUUGUUUUGACCACACCAAUCAGCAAAAAGCCUCUUCUUUUGAUGAAUCAGGUGCUUCAAGCAAUAAAAUUGUUUUUGUUAUUAACAACAGCAAAAUACCCAUUCUCGUUAAAGAUGUCCAUCAAGUUACUUUGUUAAUAAAAGCUGACAAUGAUCGCUUUUCGGACUGGGAAAUUCCCUUAAUUUUGUACGAUUUCCUAACUCAUUUGAAGCCUAAUAAAAGGAUUUGUAAAGGAAUAGCACGAAAUGAAUAA